AUGAAGCACACGACAUCGGACUCGGACGUGACGAGCCUGGCGACGACAUCCCCGUCCCGGUCCCCGAAGAUGUCCGCCUACUACGUGGUGAGCCCGUCGCGCGACUCCCGGGACGACGGCGACAAGUCGUCGUCGACGCAGGCGACGCCCGUGUACAGCAGCCCGCUCGAGUCGCCGUCGCACCAGUCCUCCCUCGGCCCGCACUCCAGGGCCUCCUCCGCCAGCCGAUUCUCCGGGCCGCUGCUCAGGUCGCCGUCCGGGGGUGGCGGCGGCGGCAAGGCCGCCUCCCGUAAGCGGCCCCGCGGGCACGGCAAGGGGUGGCACGAGGUCGACGUGAUCGACGAGGACGACGGCGAGUACGACGACGACGACGAGGGAGAGGUCUCCAGGGGAUGCGUCGUCGCCUUCUGGUUCUCGGUUCUGGUCAUGGCGUUCACUCUCGUCUGCCUCGUCGUCUGGGGCGCUGCCCGGCGCUACAAGCCCACUGUCGUCGUCAAGAGCUUGACGGUGGAGAACUUCUACGCCGGCGAAGGCGUGGACCGCACCGGGGUGCCGACGAAGCUGGUCACCGUGAAGUGCUCGCUCAAGAUCGACGUCGAAAACCCUUCCACCAUGUUCGGCAUUCAUGUCUCUUCGACCUCGAUCCAGCUCAUGUACUCACAGAUACCCAUAGCCAACGGUCAGUUGGAGAAGUUCUACCAGCCCAAGGCGAGCCGACAUGUCGCCUCGGUGAUCCUGCACGGCGAUAAGACCCCUCUCUACGGAGCCGGGGCUACGUUCUCCGACACCGGAGACACGGUGCCGCUGACGCUGGACUUGGUGGUGAACACCAGAGGGUAUGUCAUCGGCAGGCUUGUCAGGGUCACACACGAGAGGCGUGUGCAAUGCCCGGUCGUCGUGAGCUCUCGCAGCGACAGGCCCAUCAGGUUCACCCAGAGUGCUUGCAGUUACACUUAGGUUUUGCCUUGAGAUUUCCUGGGUAAUGAAAGGUUCUGAUCGUGUAGAUUCUUGAGGUUGUUCAUGACAAGAGAACCAUCUGAUUAA